AUGACACAGUCAUUGUCUCUCGCUGCGUUUGCAGCUGCGGCACUCUUCGCGACCAAGGGUCUUGCGAGCAACUUUACCAUCAGCAAUGGCCAGAUUUUCACCCCUGGUUUUGUUGUCGUCGAUUCCCCCCAGCCGGAAACGCCUCUUGGCGGAGACAAUAUUGAGAUUGCGCUCGAUGUUUCUGCCAAUGGCAAGCUUCCUCUGCCGCCCUACGGCGAAGACGCUUCCAGCCAAAUCUACAACAUCAACAUCUUCCUUUACAGCUACGUAACGGGCCGAAACUUCACCAUCACCAACGGUACUGCGUCGGCCAACAAUGCCACACUCGGUGAUAUCAUGCUCUCCGAGCCUGGUAGCACCGUGAAGCAUGUCCGGUGGACAUGGCCCGACUGCAUGGUUGGCGAUGGCACGGAUGGGAACGAUCGUGGCAGUUACAAUAUCUCCAUCCACCAACGCUUCAGACUCAAUGGCGAGAACCACUACACGAUGUUUGAUCUUCCCAUUUCUGUGACCAACAGCAUCAGCAAAAGCGACGACCGCCCGUCUUGCCAAUCACUUGAUAACCCGUUGCUGGCGCCCGAGAAUAUCGAUUGGAAAGACACUAACGAGCUCGGCGCCCUUUUUGCUCCUGGUGAUUCGACGGUUAUUGAGACGUCGAAUGUUGGUAGUGGUGCUGGGCUGGCGAGCUGCAAGCAUGCACUUGACUUGUUGUGUAUGGUGGGCUUUAGCUGUGCUCUGUUGUUAAGCUAGGCUCUAGACUUGCUUGUCGUCCAAAAAUCAUGAAUGUGGCUGUGAGACGACAUGGGAUAUCUGCAAUGAUACGAAAACCCCACGUACUCUUCCUGCAUAUGUUCUUUUUUAAA